AUGGCUAAUAGCACAGUAUCUAUUGGUUCUGGCAGAUCAUUUUUGUCGGACUGGCAUUCUUGUUCAAUGAGUAACGAAAAGUCACAAACAACAACACCUACGUCAUCGUCACCUACACCAUCCACUGAUCAACAACAAAUUCAAUCGUCAACAAUCACAAAUGGAACUGGGGGUGGUGGUGGAGCCCAUGACUAUUUAAUACACACAACAACAACACAUAAUAAUAAUAAUUCAUCCUCAAAUUCGACGCCGUCAUUAUUAAAUCAGAACGGUAUGUCUGACUUUCCAUCUUCAACAUGGAAUAACGAAACAUUAAAUAAUGUCAACAACAGUAGUUUAUUAUCAUCAAAUUUAAAUGAAAUGAAUAAUAUUGGUCACACAUUAGAUGCACUUGUACCAUUGGUACAAACAAUAAAUAACAACAAUACGAAUGGACGUAUGUUUUCACCACCGUCCGCAUUACAACAAAUACCACCUUCUCAAACUCCACCUCCGCCACCGUUAAUGAAUAUUCAUAAUGGAACAAAUGGGCAAAUGACAUUCCAGCAGCAACAAGCAACACAAGCUGCUUUACAAAGACGAGCUAUAACAGCCAGCCACAAUUUUCCAACUCCUACAAUAAAUCCUAGACCGAUGACAAAAAAUCAACAACAAUCUCACAUGUGGAAUAAUCAGACAGCUGCACCUAUCAUGAACAAUAAUAUUCAACAACAAUGGCAAGGACCUCAACCGGCAGCAGCAAUGCCUCUGCCAUCACAUAUGCAGCAAACUAUGACAAACGGAGUUAACAACACUUGGAAUAGUCCGAAUAAUGUAGGUAACGCAAUGCAUGGAUUUCCAGCUACAUCAUCUCGGCGUCCUGUACCAUCUUUAACAAAUCCUAUUAAUUCGUCAGCAAUGAUAGGUAGCGGUGGUAAUAAUAAUAAUGGAGGAAUGUCAAGUGCACCAAAUAUCAAUAGUUUACAUCAGAAAAAGGCAAGUCAACAACCACAAAAUAGUUUUUUACCAUUUUUACCACCAACGCAAAACAAAUUUAAUGUACAACAACAACAACAACAACAACAACAACAACAACAGCAGCAGCAACAGCAGCAGUCAUCCGUUCGAAGAGCAAUGAUUCCACAAAAUUAUAAUCCACAAGCGAAUAAUAAUUUACGUUAUCAUCCAAAUAACAUAAAUAACAAUAAUUUACUUGAUGGAAAUGGACAACAUAUGAUGAAUGGUAGUGCUAUGAAUUGCGAGGAUAAUAAUUCACCAUUUCCUCCAAUGAAUUCUGGUGGUGCAUACGACAUGAGUUCUUUUCAUCAAUUAAUGGACAUGAUGCGUAACGUUAAUACUGAUGGUAACAAUGAAUUUAAAUUAAAACGUGUGUACAGCGAUGACAGUGGCAUGGGUAGUAUACUCGAUACAGAAAGUCUGAUCUCAGUCGGUGGUGGUAAUGGAGCUCCUGCAUCUAGUUUAUUUGGUUCACCAAGGAAUAUUGUGGACAUGAAUAAAGAAGAACGAUUUUCUCGAAAAGUAUUUGUUGGUGGUUUGCCUCCCGAUAUUGAUGAAGAAGAAAUUAUUGCUCAUUUUCAACGUUUUGGGCCAUUGAUGGUUGAUUGGCCACACAAACAAGAAAGUAAAUCAUAUUUUCCACCAAAAGGUUAUGCGUUUUUGAUAUUCACUUGUGAACGUUCUGUUCAAGAACUAAUUGAUGAAUGUGUUGUUGAUGAUGGUAAACUUUAUAUGUGUGUAUCAAGUCCAAGUAUGAAAGAUAAAGCCGUACAAAUUCGUCCAUGGUUAUUGGCUGAUUCUGAUUUUGUCAUGGAUGGUUCACAACCGCUUGAUCCAAGAAAAACAAUAUUUGUUGGCGGAGUACCAAGACCACUGAGAGCAGUUGAACUUGCAAUGAUUAUGGACAGAUUGUAUGGUGGUGUAUGUUAUGCUGGUAUUGACACUGAUCCAGAAUUAAAAUAUCCAAAGGGAGCUGGACGUGUUGCAUUUUCAAACCAACAAAGUUAUAUUGCAGCUAUUUCAGCAAGAUUUGUACAAUUACAACAUGGAGAUAUUGAUAAACGGGUUGAAGUCAAACCAUAUGUAUUAGAUGAUCAAAUGUGUGAUGAAUGUCAAGGAGCAAGAUGUGGCGGAAAAUUUGCACCAUUUUUUUGUGCUAAUGUAACGUGCUUGCAAUAUUAUUGUGAAACAUGUUGGGCUUCAAUACAUGCGCGAUCUGGUCGAGAAUAUCAUAAACCAUUAGUCAAAGAAGGAGCAGAUCGACCUCGUACAUUACCGUUUCGAUGGUAG